AAAAAAAAAAAAACUUGAAUGAUUAAAGGUCGGUUGUAUAAUAAUGAAGAAAUUAAGUCAUCAAUGGAGGUCAGUGGGCCCCACCCCCUCCCACUAUUCGUGUAUAUAUAACCCCAUUUUCCACUUGCAUUUAACCAUCAUCAAACUUAGCAGACAAACACUUGUACAUACAAUAGCAAUAGCGCACACCAUUUUUUUAUUCUUAAAUUUUGAAAGUGUGAGAGAAGAAGAAGAAGAAGAAGAUGGAGAGCAAAGAGGAGGAUGUUAGGGUUGGAGCGAACAAGUACUCGGAGAGGCAGCCGAUUGGUACGGCGGCGCAGAGCCAGGACAAGGACUACAAGGAGCCACCGCCGGCGCCGCUCUUCGAGCCCGGCGAGCUCACCUCCUGGUCCUUUUACAGAGCCGGCAUUGCUGAAUUUGUCGCCACUUUCCUCUUCCUUUACAUCACCAUUUUGACUGUUAUGGGCGUCAGCAAAUCUGACUCCAAAUGCUCCACCGUCGGAAUUCAAGGCAUUGCUUGGGCUUUCGGCGGCAUGAUCUUCGCCCUCGUUUACUGCACCGCCGGAAUUUCUGGUGGACACAUAAAUCCAGCAGUAACAUUCGGGCUGUUCUUGGCGAGGAAAUUGUCGUUGACAAGGGCAGUGUUCUACAUAGUGAUGCAAUGCCUAGGAGCUAUCUGUGGCGCUGGCGUGGUCAAAGGGUUCGGCGAAACCCUCUACAUGACCAAAGGUGGUGGUGCUAAUACUGUUGCUCAUGGCUACACAAAGGGCUCCGGCCUUGGUGCCGAAAUCAUCGGCACUUUCGUUCUUGUCUACACCGUCUUCUCCGCCACCGACGCCAAACGGAGCGCUAGAGACUCCCACGUUCCGAUAUUGGCACCGUUGCCGAUUGGGUUUGCGGUGUUCUUGGUGCACUUGGCGACCAUUCCGAUUACGGGGACCGGUAUUAACCCAGCAAGGAGUCUUGGAGCAGCUAUCAUCUACAACAAGAGCCAUGCUUGGGAUGAUCAUUGGGUGUUCUGGGUAGGACCAUUCAUUGGGGCAGCACUUGCAGCACUGUACCACCAGGUUGUCAUAAGAGCAAUCCCAUUCAAAUCCAAGUGAGAACAUCUUAUCCAUCUUCUUAACUUGUGGCCCUUGUUUCAAGCACAUGGGAAGAUGAAGAUGAAGAUUAAGACAAAAAUAACUGCUCAUCUUGUCUUUUUAUUUUUUUAUUAAUUAAUGUGUUAUGUUUUGUUUGGUUUGUUGUAUGUAUGUAUGUCAAUGUGUUUGUUAGAUGUCAAUUAUGAAUUAUGUGCUCAUAAGAAAAACAGAGGGGCUUUUUAGUAAUUAUUAUUCGAUAAAAGCCCAGCUCAGCUUUUCGUAUGUUGUCCAACAACAAGUAGGUUGGCUUUUAUGUGUCGUUUUGUAAUUUUCCCUUUUGUGGAUGUGGAAUUGAAUGAUAAGGUUGUCUUAAUAAUAAUAGAGCUCAACCGGCCAAACCCUACC